AUGAGAGACGCCUUCUACUGCAACGACGAGACGUACGAGGCACAACCGAAAGCAGAACAACUCAAUCUCGGCGAGGCGAGCGCUGGCGGCACAAGCCCCCCAUUCCAUCGGCAGUACACCCGCCUGACUUCCUCCUUCCUCUUCGCCAUGCAGGGCUACGGCUACUCGCAGUACCAGGCGCACUCGCCGCACCACCAGCGCAGCGGCGAACUUCCCAAGCUCUACUACAAACCCCUGGACCACGGCACCAAUAGCGGCGGCUUCAAUGGCCCGGCGUGCAUGAACUCCAGCAGCACGUGA